GGUGGUUCGAGCCCACCCAGGGACGGGAGCGCUCCACUUUUUUUUUGCCUUCUGAAAUCAGAAAAGACAGCGCGAUGGCUUUUCUUUUGUUACCCUUAUCCCCGCGUCCUCUUUUUUCGGGGCGAGUGGUCUGAGGACGCGUGGCGUGGUCACGAACACGGAGGUGGAAAGAGCAGCGGAACGGCCCAACUCCAGGUUCCGGUUUCUGCACACAUCCUGAGCCGCUUUGAGUGACGGCCCCGAGGACCCGGAGCACUAGGAGGGCGGACCGCAGAGGUUGUCUGAAGGCCGAGGCAAAGAUGGCAGCGCUGACUGUUUCUGGCCCACUCUGCAUCCGGAUCCUCGGCCUGCGCUCCAGUGUGGGCGCGGUUGUGCAGGCGCGAGGUGUCCAUCAGAGCUGGGCCGCCAAGGGCCCGGGCAGCACCCAGCCUGCUGUGGCCAACGUUGGAGCCCUGGUCCCAAAGCCCCCCACACUCCCCAGGAGCCGCGGCGAGUAUGUGGUGGCCAAGCUGGAUGACCUCAUCAACUGGGCCCGCCGGAGCUCGCUGUGGCCCAUGACCUUUGGCCUGGCCUGCUGCGCCGUGGAAAUGAUGCACAUGGCUGCGCCCCGCUAUGACAUGGACCGCUUCGGCGUGGUCUUCCGCGCCAGCCCGCGCCAGGCUGAUGUGAUGAUCGUGGCCGGCACACUUACCAACAAGAUGGCCCCGGCACUCCGCAAGGUCUACGACCAGAUGCCAGAGCCACGCUACGUCGUGUCCAUGGGGAGCUGUGCCAACGGAGGAGGCUACUACCACUACUCCUACUCUGUUGUGAGGGGCUGUGACCGCAUCGUGCCCGUGGACAUCUAUGUGCCAGGCUGCCCACCCACGGCCGAGGCCCUGCUCUACGGCAUCCUGCAGCUGCAGCGGAAAAUCAAGCGGGAGAAGAGAAUUGGGAUCUGGUACCGCCGGUAGUAGCCCACAGCCACACUGCGUGCGGUCCUGACGCACUGGUGCCGCUGGAGUGGCCCCAAGAUUGUGAAUAAACCAAGAUUGUAAAUAAACCUCCUUGAUUGCA